AUGUCUGAUGAGUAUAAGGUCUCUACUAAACUAGUCCAGUCCACUUAUAGAGCAUCAAAGAAACUUAUCCCUAGACAAGCUGGGAACGAGGAAGGCAACCUCGAUAGGUUUUUCGAGGAUGUCGAGAAUGUCAAGGAAGACAUAAGAGACGUCGAAAAACUCUACAAGAAGUUACAGGAAUCCAAUGAAGAGAGCAAAACUGUCCACAAUGCCAAAACCAUGAAUGAGCUUCGAGCCAGAAUGGACUCGAAUGUUGGCCAGGUCUUAAAACGGGUCAAGGUCAUCAAGAAGAAGCUUGAAGGUCUAGAACAAUCUAAUGCAGCUCACCACAAACUUCCCGGUUGCGGUCCGGGGUCAUCUGCGGAUCGAACUCGGAUUUCCGUAGCUAGUGGUUUGGGAAAGAAACUCAAGGACAUGAUGGAUGAUUUUCAAGGGUUGAGAGGCAAAAUGGCAAAUGAAUACAAGGAAACAGUGGAGCGAAAGUACUUCACUGUCACGGGACAGAAGGCGGAUGAAGACACCAUUGAGAAUCUGAUAGCAGAAGGGAAAUUCUGA